AUGAACGGAUUCGAGGCUUCAGCAAAUAAAAAGCUCAAGCGGCCAUAUGUACGCAAGUACACCAACAAUGCGCCUGGCAUUCGUGUCCCGACGUCGCCUCCUCAGAUCGCCGAUCUUGCUUUCAACAUCCACGGAUGGGCGAUGGAAGAUAGAUUAGCUUCUUCACGCACAGUGUUUGAGGUAAUCAACGCCUACAAUGCGACCAUGGUCAAGGGCGGAUUUGAGGCGAAGAUUAAAGAGCUUGAGCAAGAAGGUGUAGGCAGUGUCUAUCGACAGGACCUCACGUAUACUGCACGCGAGCUCGAUACCAGUCUUGCCGGGAACGAUUCGUCUGUGUCCCAGUACCUUGUGGUGGGAUACACUCUGCAGGAGCAUGAUCCAGUGUUCCAGGACAACAAGACCUUUCUUCGGUAUUCGGAGAAUGAGUUGGUUGGCGAAACUCGACCUGAAGCUGAGCAUAUCAUCUCGUGGAAUGAGGUGCUUACUCCCAUUCUUGUCGUUACUCCCAUCAAGGAGAACACUGGCACGUCUGUUCGACUAUUCGCAUUGAUCAUGCCGCGAAGCGGGCUCUGUCAGCCUGUACUCAUCACGCAUGAGCGCAUCUUUUACAGAUGGGAGUAUCGAGCCAGUGCUGGAGCACGGCCAGCGCAGCGAAACAAGAAUUGGAACCAGGUGAUCGUGGACAAGGCGAAAGAGCUGACACCUCCAGAGCAACUUAUCAAUCACGACUUCGAGGACGCUCCAAGGCCUGUUAUCAAGCGCAGCACGUCUACCGUUCCCUUUAUCAAACAAGAGGAGGGAGAAGAUGGCGAUAUUUUGUUUGCAAAUCUGACGAAUGAAUUGGCUGAUCUGGACAUGUUUGAGCUUCAUCUCGAUCUCCGAAGGCUGUUUGAACCUUUAGCUGAGCGUGACCGGCGGAUUGUUAUCUCAGACAUGUCAGCCGGCCUCAUGUCACGACUGAAGGUUGGACUAAAUGAAGAGAGCCGAGGUAUACUGGAGGCGAUACGAACCAGUCGCAGCUCCCGGGUUAUUCAGCAGGUUCGUACUAGUUUUCUGAAGGUCAGCAAGGCUAGCGGCCAGAUUCCGACUGAGCGAUAUCAUGGCCUAGCAUGCUUUACUCAGCCAGGCACAGGCUUUGACCGAGGUGGGAUGGAACAUGUGCUAGCUGAGAUGAGGAAUCUGUGGCCCGAGAUGGGUCCUCUGAUUGACCACAACUCAGUUGUUCGAAUCAAGCAUGGUAUGAACCAGAUGAAUAUGGUAGUGAGUUUCGAGACAAUGAAAGAGUUCUUCGGCUCGGCGCUUGCAUACCUGAGGACAAAUUUCCAGUGCUCAGAUCUUGACUUGCGAAACAAGUUGGUAGAGGCAGCACAGAAAAGCAUGAUCAUGAGUCGGAGCCCAAUGCUUACACGUCACGAUACAGAGACCAUUGGCAUGGACGCAGUCUACUUGGUUGCACUAAUGAGCGAGAUAGUAGCGAUUCACGCUUGGCAAGAUGAAAGGGCACGCCGUAUGUUUUACUGCCAAGUUCCUGCUUCGUUCCAGGGAAUGGAAGUUGAGCACCACCUGAACAUCGAAAGUAUCGAGCAAGCCACCAGAAGACUACCACAGCAUAUCAGACACAUAGUCAGCUACGCACAAAGCAGACAAUGUGGUACGGAUGACAUUCUGCUCUGGUUAGAACGACUUCGGUUGCGCAUCAGACAAGUUGAUGGUUCUCUCCAGACCUGA